CGGACCGGGCCCAUGGCGGCGUCGGCGGCCCUGUCUGCGGCGGCGGCGGCGGCGGCCCUGUCGGGCCUGGCGGUGCGGCUGUCUCGCUCGGCCGCGGCCCGAGGCUCAUACGGCGCCUUCUGCAAAGGGCUCACACGCACGCUGAUCACCUUCUUCGACCUGGCCUGGCGGCUGCGCGUGAACUUCCCCUACUUCUACAUCGUGGCCUCGGUGAUGCUCAACGUGCGCCUGCAGGUGCGGAUCGAGUGAGCGCCCGCGACCACCGCCGCCCGGCCACGACGGCAGGGGCGCCGGCAUGAAGCUCCGCGGGGCCCAGGGCCGCCGGGACGCGGCGGGGGAAGGAGGAGGGGCGGCUUGGGCCCCCGGACCCUAGAGCUCGGCGGAGGUCACGGCCACCGAGCCCCAAGCCCCGGCUCUGGUCACCCACGUCGCGGCCGGUGACAAACUGCACAGAAACUCGCGAAGCGGGCCCUUUCCAUCGCACUCGAGAAAAUUACUUGAGUGCGGCCGACCUGUUGCCUCACCUUGGCCGAAGUGGGGAGGAGAAGGAAGAAAUUGUGCAGCAGGAACGUGAAUGACUGGCCCUGACCGAAGAGCCCUUUGCACACCGGCCUCCCGCCUGGUCUCUGGGGCCAGGGGACGGCUCUCUGGCUGCUCCUGCUGUCCGUGAUGGUCCCCUCUCCGCUCUCCUGGGGCAUCCUCCAAAGGUCCGCAUCUGGGGACACGGAAGAGCAGGAAAGACGCAUUCCUCCUCGGCCCUCCCCCCAUCUCAGCCCCGCUCCCUCCAGCUCCUUCCAGUGCCUUCCCGGUGCCACAGCCCUGGACGGCCUCCAGCAGCCCCCGUGUCCCCAAGGAUUUGGGAAAGUGGGGAUCUCCUUGAGCGGAGGGCAGCUCUCGGCUGGGGUGGGGAGGACAGAUGGAGA